CUGGCCCGACAUCUAAUGAAUUUCGAUUAUUUAGGCAGAUUCUGAUGAUAUGGCGGCAAAAGACAACGAAGGCGACAUAUUCGCCAUACCAGAAUUCUGGAGGCCGUCAAAAUGGCUGACCCAAGCAAACGUUGAUCCUGCGGGUUCGUUUUUUGCCUUGGAUAUAGAGAGUAACGAUCACCCGCGAGAGUUUGAUUUCCUGCCAUAUCCCGAUGUCGGCCUUUCAGAAGAAGGCUUCUUUAAAUUGCCAGCAGCUCUUGGCUCUGAUGCCACUACAACUCAAAUACCAGACGACAAUGAUAAAUCUACGGCGGAAGAAGCCAUCGAAGACGACAAUAAUGCUGAUAAAAUAUGGGAGGACCUUGAAUUUGUUCCAGAAAAGCCAAACUGCAAAACAUGGGAGGAUUUCAACGACCGUCGAACAGUUGCCCACCGCCCCAUGUUCUUAUCAGAGGCGGGAUCGUCUGCAUAUGAUUCUUUACUACAAGAGCCAGAGGAUUAUCUUCAGCUAGGAAACUCGGACAUUCGCUUGGUCAAUCAGCAAGCGUACUUUUCUUGUCUCCUUCACGUGGCCCUGGCUCAAGAGUCGGAGCUUUUCAAGAAAGACGAGCGGUCCGCCGAGUUCACUUCCACAUUGGCCAAUAUAAGGAUACCUGGGUACUCUCGACAAGUUCUAGACGCCGUGGAGAAAGAAUGCGCUGCUUGUGGAAAGCUUGCAAUAGAUUUAGCGACAUUCGCCAAGAAGGUAUAUUCUCAGCAACCAAGUCAUUGCGCUAUUGCUUUCGCCAGCACGGUUACCCAAGUCUUGGAUGUCAUUCGCAAGCACGCAGUUGUCGAUACCCCCACCCCAAAGUCGAUUCUAGGACUCCAAAAUACGAUUCGCAGUAUGGCUUCCAUACUAAGACCCCUCGAAAUCCUGUCACGCGAAAUGAACUACAGCAGCACAGACGAAGAGGUGCUGACCAUUCUCUUCAACUACGCAUCUAUAUCUGACAACAGUGAUACCUACACGAGAGACAUCAGCAGAGAGAUAUUACAAAUUGUUUCUUGCACGUGGGUCGAAUUCAUCGAAGAGUGGAUUGGGACCAGACCCGAGCGUGGUAUCCCAUUAUCCAAAAAGGAUGGCGGCACAAGCAAGGGUUUUGUAAAGGUCGGUACUCAGACUUUCAUCGAUGAUUUUGGGCGCGAAAUACAGGAUGUCGAUUUUGUCCUGGUCGAAGCCAAUAUCCCCGAGUUCAUGCCACCUGAAAUUGCAGCGUCUAUAUUCCAGACUGGUCGGAGUUUGCGUUUUAUAAAAGAAUUUCACCCACAGCACAUUCUGGCGCGGGAUGAUGUCCUAUCAGAGCUGGGACCGCCAAAAGCUAGCUGGCUUUAUAAUUGGUCCGAUAUUUUGCAACUUGGAUCUGAGGCUGCAGCUUACCGAGACCGAGCUGUCGAAGCCAUAGAAUCAGCUCCUCAAAACAAGUCAGCACAAGAGGUACCGGUGUCAGGUUCUGCUGCCUCCGCUUUAACCUUCUUCGGUUGUUCAGACGACAAGCUGGAAGCGCGGUUACAAGCAUCUAUGCAAACUCUUAGCAUGCCCCCUCAGUAUCCGCAGCGCGAUGGUGCAUUGGCUGAUAUUAUACAACGACGUCUUCAAGCAGAAACGGCGUCUGCCGUAACUGCAGGACAGGAACCUCACUGGUCACUCGUGCCUGCGCUCUCCUUUGGUAACCUUGCUCUAAUCCAGGCGCAGCUCGUGGGACGAGAGAGCUUGAAGUUGCUAUUCGAUAAGCAUGGGCUGCAUAUGCAUCUAAAGCUUCAACAUCAAUUUCAGCUCCUCGGCAAUGGCUUAUUCUGCAGUCGACUUUCUCAUGCCUUGUUUGACCCGGAUCUUGAGACAACAGAGAGACGUGCUGGUGUCGCUCGUGAGGGUGGCCUGAUGGGCCUGCGUCUAGGUGGUCGUGACACAUGGCCACCAGCAAGCUCGGAGCUUCGCCUAGCAUUGAUGGGCGUAUUAAAAGAGACUUGCGAUUCAGUUACGGUCACAGCAGAAAAGUCCAGUCAUGCUAGGGGCCAGCAGGAAUUGCCAGGAGACCUCAGCUUUGCCAUCCGGGAUCUAUCAGAAGAUGAUAUUCAAAAGUGUAGGGACGUCGACUCAUUAGAAGCCCUGGAUUUCUUACGCCUUUCAUAUACCAGCCCUCCAGAACUCAGUGCAAUUAUUACACCAAUGACAUUGCUUCAGUAUGACAGAAUAUUCAGACUAUUGCUCCGCGUUUUGCGCAUGCUUUACGCGGUUAACAUGAUAUUCCGUGACAUCAACUUUGGCUGGGGCCGUUUCAGCUAUGUUGACGACGUACGAUAUCGAUUUGUUCGAGAAGCGCAUCAUAUUGUCACAUGUAUAUCAGCAUAUUUCUUGGACAGUGGUGUGAGUAUUCCGUGGACUAAAUUCGAACAAGGUUUGGACAGAGUCCGAUCUGAGUUGGAUAUCCCGUUUGCUCAGCAAGCUGCUACUUCCGCAGUCAUUGGCCCUCAGCAGGUAUGCGAGCUGCAAGAAACUAUGCUGGACCAAAUCACACAGAAUCUGUUUUUGAGAAAGCGCCAGCAGCCAAUUCUAGAACUUCUCGAAGGCAUGUUUGGUUGCAUCUUGCGAUAUGCAAAGUACACACGCCUUGAGGAACUACGCAGACAUCAAGAGCUUAAAGGGCUCGAAGAGCCGGCUGCCAUUUACAAUGAUUUCAAGAAGCAUGUUCAGAUGUUUCUGAUUGUAUGCCGGGAACUAUCUGAGAAAGCCAGGUUGUCUGCAGGCAGCAGAGAUCGAGAUUCAGCACGGGAUACAGCUGAUGCUAGCCUACUCUCACAACUCCUCACAAAGCUAGACCUUUACGACUACUACACAAAUUAACGAAGGAAUGAAGAAACGAAUGUCUUGUUUUCUAAAAGAAAUACCGUCCAUAACCAACUCAAUUGAAAUGUCUAUAUCUAUCAACGCAUUCAUCUAAACUAUCUAUAUGUCAUCAUUCAUCUCUCGUCUAACCUCAACUCUUAAAAGACUUAUAUAUACGUCGUACAAUUAUGCAGAGGCUACCGUGUAGCUUACUUUGCUCAUUCCCUUGUUUCUCGAAAUCUUCUUAACAGUUGUCUCACCACACAAAUCGGUGGUGUCAACGUGCGUUCCACCACAAGGAUACGUUUCGGCACCGACAAUCUUGACAACGCGGAAUUUGUCUUCUCCUGGGCCGAGGAAGCUGCUAUCUGGGAUCAAUCGCUCCAGACCAGCCUUGCGGAAAUCCUCAGCAGUCCAGAAAUCGAUUUCGACAGACAUGGCUUUCUUGACGUAGUCGUUGACUCGCUGUUGGAUCUCUGGCUUCCACUUGCCGUCAAUCAGGCCUUGGAACUCACAGGAUGCGUUGUCCGGGAAGUGUGAAGCCUUGAGCUCAUCGAACCCCUCAAUUUGACUUUCAAGAAGAUGGCGGACUGCAGCGCCGAGAACAUGGCCUGCUGUGUGAAAUCGCGAGUAGAGCAGUCGCUUUUCGACGUCAAUGGCCUGUUCGACGAGGCUGCCGGGCUGAUAUGCUGCUAAUGAGGCACCGUUGACGAAGCGGCCGACAUGCAGAACUUGUCCAUCAUUCACAGCAUCCAUUCUGACGGAGCGGACUUGAAAUGAUGGAUCUGAGGGGCCAGCAGGUGAGCUUGCAUCGUUUUCCGCAGCCGGGGUCAUGUAUCCUUCAUCUGAGGGCUGACCACCACCUUGGGGGUGGAAUACAGUCUCUUUGGUGACGACAACGUGGUCUUCGUCGGGGCUUGCUUGCUUGAAGAGUCCUUGGUUUGUUUCUUCCAGCGCUGAGAAUGGGCGGAUGGAAAGGAUUUGAGUCUUGAGCCGGUAGAGUUUGGCAUUGUGGUGGAACGCAAGAAACGUUCUCGCGGCAGUCGCCAUUGUAGGAAGAUAAUGUCAAUUGGAUUAUAAGGAGGUCUAUAAGAUGUAUGCUGGGGUCGAAAUAUGCCGAUAGUAGAGGUUGAAUGCGUCCAGGGAAAGCCGUGGAUCAAAUAGUGACAACUGCCUUUGUGCGUGGGUAGUAAAGCCCACUGUAAAUGUUGCGCUAAGGCGUGUCAAAAAUGUAGUGACAGGGCGCAUUGGCUUCCGGAAUCUUCUGUGAAGGUAAGGAAGGCAGCGAGUGGGAGAAUGUCACAGUUACCUCGUAAUAAUUACGGAUAUAUUAUUUGGUAAAAUUCCGCAAUGCAAUAUUUAAUUCUGAUAUUAUAUACUUAUAACGUU